AUGCCAUCACCUUUGAUACACGAAUAUUUAGCUACCCUUAUUCCCAGUCAUCCACAAGACUCGGAAUACGACGCAUUUGUUACCCUUCCACCAUCAUUCGAAGGAUUAAAACGACUGUGUCAGGUAUCCAUCAUUCCCACUAAGCAUCAUAAUCCACCUACCCGUUUGAACCCACCCUACUCUCUUUCUUUCAUUCUGAUUGGCUGUAGGAUAAUUGAUUCGAGACGGUUCUUGAACGUAACCUCUAAGGGUGACAUCCAGAGUGAAAAAGCUGGACUUGUUCACGUGGGGUACACAACUUACAAAUGUCCUGCACCACCGAAUGACUGUAAUGGUUUUUACAUCCGAGAGCGGAGGAUAAUUGAUUCGAGACGGUUCUUGAACGUAACCUCUAAGGGUGACAUCCAGAGUGAAAAAGCUGGACUUGUUCACGUGGGGUACACAACUUACAAAUGUCCUGCACCACCGAAUGACUGUAAUGGUUUUUACAUCCGAGAGCGGAAUACGUUCAUAUCGGACUUACAUUGGGCCAGUACGCACCAAUCCUAUCAAAGAGUGGAUCGCGUGGGAUGUUUGUCCACCGAACUAUUUUCGACCACAAAACAGCACGAAAGAGAAAAUUCUGAGUUUCCAGGAAUCCACCAAACGGUCCAGAAGCAUUACUGA